UUAAAAUUUAACUGUCAGAAAUUAAUAUUACAAUUUUUACUACAUAUGGGAAAAUAGUGUAAAUAUAUCUAUUUCAGAUUAAAAAAAAAAAAAAUGGCGUUAUCAGAAACAGAAAAGAAAUCAGAUAAAAAGGAAAAACCGUUGACCAAAGUAAUUAUUCGUCGUUUACCUCCUACGAUUGAACAGGAAACUUUUAUAAAACAAGUAUCCCCAAUUCCUGACUAUAGUUACAUUUAUACCGUGAAUGGUGACUUUAGUUUGGGAGAAAACGCAUUUUCUAGAGUCUAUAUUAAUUUUGUGCAUCACGAUGAUGUGUAUAGCUUUAAAGAAAGAUUUGACAAUUAUGUGUUUCUUGAUGCUAAAGGUAGCGAAUAUCCUUGUGUGGUCGAAUUUGCUCCUUUUCAGAAAAUUCCUAAGAAACGUGGGAAAACAAGAAUGGAUCCAAAAGCUGGUAGUAUUGAGUCAGAUCCCUACUAUCUAGAUUUCCUAGAAAAUUUACAGAAACCUCAAGAGGUAGAUGAGAAACCUGAGUAUACUCUUCAAUUAACAAGCUCAAGUGAGAAUAAAAAUGAUGUUACAACGCCACUGCUUGAGUAUAUUAAGAGUAAAAGGGCACAACGAAUGAGAAUCAGAGAAGUUAGAAGGGAAGAAAGGAAACGAAGGGAAUUUGAUAAAAGAAGAGAACACUUUGAUGAUAGAGAUAAUAGAGAUAAAAAGAAAAUCUCUGAUGAAAAAUCGCCUACAAAGAAAUCACAUUCAAAAUCAGAAAAUCCAAAAGCAGAAAAGACUGAACCUGAGGCAUCUGCAGUGGAAAAGCCUGAAAAAGAAGAAAGAUACUAUGAAAAAUCAUAUUAUAAGAAUAAAGACAGAAGAUAUGAUGAUAGAAGAUUUGAAGAUAGACGCAAGGAACCAAAACCAAGGUAUCCCAGAAAAGAAUAUCCUGACUAUAAGAGUGAUGAACGUAAGGAGAAAAAAUAUGAAUACAGCAAAAAGGAACAUGAACCAAAAACAUAUACGAAAAAAGUUAAAAAAUACAGUGAAAAAAGAGAGGAACGAAAAUUAGAAGCACAAAAAGCAGUGCAAAAGAAAGAAGAUGAUGCAAAAGUAGAAGACAAGAAAACUGAUGAUAAUAGCAAUAAAAGUACUGAGCAUAGUAGUAGUAAUAAUAAAGCCAGUGAAAAAGUUUCUAAACCCGAAACACCUACUAAGGAUAAAAAUGAUGAUCAGUUAAAAUCUAGUGAAGAUAAUACAACUGUCAAAGAUGAAAGAGACAACAAAAAGAAAGAAAGAGAAUCAAGUUUUAUUGAAAAGGAUGACAACCAUAAAGGUGAUUCACUUAAUCAAAGAAGAAUUAGAAAUAAAGAUAGACCUACAAUAGCAAUUUAUAGACCAGGAAUGCUUUCAAAACGAAAACAAAAUGAUGGGGACACUAUAGAAAGUAAGGAAAAAUCUGAUGAGAAAUAAUUUUGCUUUAAUAUUUUUUAUUGUGAUUGCUAAUUAAUAAAGUUCAGCUUUUUUACAAAGCAUUUAACUAUA